AUGUCCACACAUGCUUUUAUCCAACGACUUCAGAAGCAUUACGCUUAUUUUAAACGUCAGAAUGGUGAAAAACUGCCAGCAGGAUGCUCAUCUAUUGAGUUAAUCGACGAAGAUGAUAUCAAGAGUUGGUUCGUGCAACUCGCUUACAAGGACGAAAACGGUAGUGACUUCUUCAUUUCACUCAGAAUAAAUUUUUCAGAUGAAGGCAUUGAAUAUUUAGCAUCUGGGAAGAUACCAAUGGGUGGAAAAAAUUUACACAAUCAUUCCAAAGGGACACUAAGAACACGAGAAUAUAAAAAUGAUAAUCCUCUAAUUCUUCAAAAUCAGGAUCAAAUGCCCUCUGCAACAUUAGCCUCUUGUUCACCUUCAGUAAACGACUUUGUGACUGCUUUGGAGGCUAAAGGUAGAACCGUGAUGAUGGAUAAAGGAGAGGGAAAUGUGAAGGGUGAUGGAAGCUUGAUGCAAUUGAACCCAGUUACCACUACCUCAGAAGUGAGUUCAAACACUAUAAGUUGUGUUGCUACGCUGGGUUUGAGGAAUAGUAUUAGAAAAUCACCUGAUAAAGUGGUUUAUACGCGAAUGCCAGCCGUUCUAGUUAUAUGUCCACGCCUCAAUGCGUCGUUCAUUCAUCACGGUGUCGUUUGCUCGCUUGAGCUCAUGUCUCAGUGUUGGGAACACACGGAGGAAAAUGUGGCACUUCUAAUCACCACUUUAUACCACACAUUGAAUCCAUUUGAUGGAACUAGUCGAGUUUCGGUAGGUGUGGUAGCGCCAAAUGCUAGUUUUUGUUCAUCGGUGCAUCUUCCCUAUGGUGCAUCGAGUUACACAGAUGAAGAGCAUCGCGACGGGCUGCGCUUUAUAGCACGCUCUCACCCCCAUCUUUUUCGUCAAGUUACUCAGCAGGACGUCACUCAUUCAUAUUACCUUGAAAAUUUAUCUACGCACAAAAGUGGUAAUGAAAUAGUAAAUGAAUAUUCCCCAUCUCAAGCGCAGGAACAAGAAGGUGUUAAAUCUUCCUCGAAGCAUACCCAGUGGUUGCGUCUUAGUACCAUAAGCGAGGUCAAGUACGCAAUUUAUCAAGGAAUUAUGCGUCAGCCUUCACAUAGCACAUUGACGCUGACAGAUACCGAUGAUAAUCUUAAAAGUAACGCUUCUUUAAAAGAUUUUAAGGCUACGUUAAACAUAGUUGCAUUAUUACGGCAUAUAGUGGACCUCAGUCAUGCGCGAAGGGACGAUCACCAUGUACCAAAUUUUACCCAACUUACAAGGGUUGGAGAGAAUCACCGAGAGGAAUCCCUUUGGGCUACUUUGGCGCUACCACGCAGCUUAGCGAACGUUUCCCACAAGUUAAUUUUAGCAACAUCCAAGAGUGUUAACUUGAGUACCUCAAGCACUCCCUCUAGUCAAGCUACCAAGACACUUCAAGCAACACCGCUGCAGAUUGUUUUGGAUUUAUUGUUGCCUCCUUGUUACAGUGGUCCCCCUAUUGAUUCUACAGUAAAUGGUCAUCACUUUCCCACAUGCUUGGAUCAUCGCAACCACGGAAGUGCUCGUGUUGUGAAAGUACAUAUCUCAGGAAGAACUGUUGACGAGGAUAGUAAGUCCGAGCCAUUGUCAAGAUCUUUCCCUUGUCACUUCCCUGUAGCACUUGCCCUUCGACAGGGUAAGGCACCAUUCUAUCGUUCUCAAGGAAGUGAAGAUUUGGGGUUUCCCCCAGAAUCCGAAACUCUACUUAUCAACACCUUGACAGAACAUAGUCAUUGUGACAACGACUAUAGUAAGGAUACUGCGAUGGUACCGCACUGUAUCAUUAUUGAAGGCCUUUCGCUAACUCUGAGCGACGUGGAUGUGUAUGGUCACCUGAUAGUGCAUGGCCACCUUCGACUCCGAAACUGUCGCUUUAUUGGAACCAUUUCAUGUGAAAUGAGUGGGCAAGUUCACAUCGAAAACUGCCGAAUUGGUAUCGAUGUCGGACAAAAACUCAUUGACGUUAUAGAAUGCAUUAAUUUACCAGAGGAAAAUAAACGUAAGAUACAUUCAACAGAGCUUUUACAGCGAGCUUAUAUGUGUGAAAAAGCAAACAUAAUGACGCCGAUGCGAUCAUCCUCCGAAAAAAAUUCAACACAGAUGCCACAUCGUUACGAAGGUAUUCUGAUCCUUGACACAUCUAGAGUUGAAAUAACUGAGGCAACACUUGUGUCAUGCGCCAUUCCGCUCUCAUUGCCUUCUGUUUUCUCACACACUGCUAACCAAACAAUUUCCAAGGGACACCGCUAUGGUAAAUCACCAGAUGUUAAUUCCCUAAUCUCUGGAUAUGAUGCUGUAAGGCUAAACCAGAAAGGUAACAUAGACUCGGACAUAGAUCCUCUUUCUACAAUUAACCAUAUCGGAAAGAGCGACACCCUGGAAAGUACUAUUGCAUCACUUUUAUCGAGCUUGGCUUCGUUUUCGCCUGUAAUUGUGGAGAAGCUGCAUAAUCGUCACCUGGUUCACAGUGAGCUUAACUGCUGUUCUCUUCCUGUUCUUUCUGCUCUUAUUUUUGUCUCCAAUAACGCGAAACUCUUUGUCCAUGACAGCUGUCUCUUCUCAAGACCUGGACCACUGGCCAUAUUAUGCAAGCGAAUUAUUUUUGCCGAGCAAAACGCCUGUGUGGAUAUCAACCAUAGUACUAUUGUGGCGAGCGGUGUGAGUGCUGUUUGUAUCCAGGGAUGCCAGGGCUUAUUACACGAUGUCCGCAUAACAAGCUGGCGUCAUUUUACUACUAUGAUGGGGAGGAAAUGGACGUGCAGCUUAGGGAAAGCCCAUGAAAAUAAGUCGCCACAUCUCGAGGAUCUCAAAUGCGAUGGCCCCGAUGAAACUUCAGUGCGUGUAGCUCAAAAUCAAACAGUACUUCUAUCUCCGGCGUUCGGAGACACAAAGCGAAGCACGGGACUCGUUGUGGAGCAAGGUGGUUCUUUGAUCGCACGUCAGUGUAUCAUAAAGGGAUUGUACUUUGGUUUUAGCAUCAUGACUUUCUCUGUUGCACAUCUCCACAGCUGCCACGCUAGCCACGUAGUUAAUGGAUACACGGUGGAUGCGUCGACUGCGACUUUCGAAAAUUGCUCUGUAUGGAGUAAUCAUGUUGGCGUGUUCGUGCUGAACCAAGCCAAGUGUGAAAUAAUCGAGUAUAGUGAUGACUCUGCGAUGGGGAGCUCGUUUGAUGAGCGCUGUGCCACAGUCAACCAGGCAUGUUGUAAAACCCGACAAUGCGAACACCCACAAAGGGUGCAAAAAUUGUACCAAAAAUGCGCACUUCGUGGAACUUCUUUCCAGAGUUUCUCUGCACAUAACGUUGAAUCAUUGGGUACAGGAGCGCAGCGUGUCGAACUGGAUGACGAAUCAGAGAGUUGGACCCGCUAUGGGUUUGGCAAAUAUCGUGUGGAAAGUCACUCUUUUGUUGGAAAGCGUGUAUUCAAUAGGGGCAUGCGAUGCUACUAUGGCGAGACUUACGGUGUCGAAGUGCGUGGAGCCACCAUGAAAGCAAGGGGUAUUACAGUUAUAAAUGCACGAUGUGCUUGUGUCUAUGCGUACCCGCAGUAUAGUGGUCAGCCCACGCGGAAGGAGUUGUCUGAUGGCGACUCGAGUGACAAUUUCGAGAACGACGUCAGUGUGUUGGCCCGCAGCGAGGUAGAUCUUCAGGAGUGCAUCAUGUGGGGUCUACCUACGCAGAACCACUCCAUUCGGUCCGAAGGGGCGAUAAAGAUGAAAACCCAUAUUGAUUUGAAAUCAUGCUUGAAAAAGACUAAUAUUUUUCCUAUUGACACAUUGGACUCUAUCACGAAAUCUACCUGUAAGUCAAGAGACUUUUAUGAGAAUGAUGUUCAGGAUUUUAAUAUGGCUAGCGAUAUUUCACUUAUACCCACAUCGCUUAGAACGCGGGAACGCCACUUGAAUUGUAGAAGCAGUAGUAGCUGCCAUGGGAACUGUGUAGACUCUUAUGACAGCGACAAGGGAUGUGGUGUGAAACUCAUAGAAUCCAAGGCUAAGUUACACCUUUGUUUUGCUGUUGAUUUGGAGUUUGCCUUCGUUGUCAUGCAACAGGCUACAGCGUUAUUCAAAGAGUGUGUAGCAGUUCGCGGCUAUAUCGGCUUCAUGGUGAAAGACAACUCUGUGGCUACGCUUUAUGAUUGUGGGUCCUAUGUGAGGGGUAUAUCCUUGCUCGUGCAGAAGCAUUCGCACGUAGACAUUGACUGGAUACCUUUUUCUGAUAAAGAACCUGCAGUGCCCACCAUGACUAGCAGUUCUACAGAUAGCGACUCACUCAGUUUAAUUGAGCCAGUCUUGAUUCCUUUGAAACAGACGAAGAUUGAAAAAAACGUUAGUGGGUUCCCCACCAGUGUCUUCGCAGCUGGCUUGAACGGCAUUGAAUGUAAGGCCAGCGUAGUGCGAUGUCACGGUAUCACUGUGCUUCAGAUGUGCGGUAGUGCUUUUAAUGUGCAUGGUGGAAGUAUUUUGCAUACGAGAAAAUCCCUGGUGGACCUCUCGCCAGAGGGUUUCGCAGCUUACUUUACGCAGAGACUAACUAAACUGGAAAUGAGGCAAGGAGAUGGCGUAGGCGGGAAGGGGGUUUCCGGUACUGUUAGGGUAGAUCACUCUGACAAUGUUGAGUUAUCAAAAGCAAUGAGGAUUCUUGGCGGUUGCAGCUGUGGCACUUGCCACCUACAACUGUUUAGUAAAGUCAAGGAUACACAGGACAGCGCUUCUUCUCAUACCAUUGGCGUCAAGGCAUGGUCCAGUAGUAUGUGUUACGUCGACGAUACCGAGAUACGCGGUGGUAUGUAUGGUGUCGUGGCUAUCGGCCCAGAGGCGCGUGUCCACGCCCACCGCAUCCACAUUUGGGGUGUACAGCACGGUCUGAAAGUUGAGAGUGCUGCACAAGCGGAGUUUCUUAAUUGCUGUAUUAAUAGCCUGCAGGAGGGCGUUCACAUCUCCGCGAAUGCGCGUUGCCUUAUCCAACAGGGAAACUACACUGGCAGGCUUUUCGGACUUGUCUGCUCAGACGGUUCGCUGUUGCGUAUUAAAGAAAAUGUCAAAAUUAAUGGUUUCUCUCGCGCUGGCAUUUACCUCCAUAAAUCGGCUAUUAUGGAAACAGAAAAAGGCAGCCAGCUUGAGGUUAAAGAACACUGCACGGAUGCCUCGCAGGAGCAAAAGCCAAUGAAUAGUCACCUGCCUUCAAUGGGGGGGAUAGAACCGUGCGGUCUUUCGGUUUGUGUCCUACUCGAGGCGCAUGCAAACGCCAUGGUGCACUGUGCUUUCCUUGGUGGUGGCGCAGGCUGUGGCAUCCGGGCACAGUCUGGUGCGUUCGGCUUUUUCCAGUACUGCGUGAUCCAAAAUGUUCAACUUAUCGGGUUACAUACACUGCCAACUUCUAUUGUCUAUAUUGGCAGCGGUAGCACUAUCGACGUGUUGGAUGCAAUAGCAGAAGAUGACGAAAUGCGGCUUCGACACUCAUUUGGCGGAGCUCCUGAUGCCACCAUAGUUGCUUCCUCCUUACAUGCUUAUCCCUAUUCACUUGUGGUAGAGCGCGGUGCGGUGUGCCGUUUCUUGCCUCUCGUGAGCACUCCACAGUCGCUACCAGACUGCUGGUUCAACCUUCCCGUGCGGCAGCCCUCGAAUACCUGUUUAACCGCUAUUCGUUCGGGCGUGGUAUGCUUUCUAAGAGUCUUCGAUUCAGCACGGCUCAUCACCACCUUAUGGGGCUGGAUCGCGAAUAGUUUCUUUCAAUUUAAAAUGUAUCAGCGAGAACAGUCGGAGUUUCUGGGUACGCAUACUUCUCGUUUUUUUCACUGGGCAAGAUCGUCUUUAGGCUGGAUUGUGCAGACAUUUGAGAACGCGUAUCUGCCUGAAAAGGUUCUGUUGCAUGAGGGCAAAAGCAAGACAAAAGUGUAUUUUGAUAGGGAAACUAAAAUAGCGAUUUUGUCUACCAAGACUUCACCUUCUGACACUCUUGUUAAUAAUGUUAACAACAAGAAUGAUAUACAGAACAUGUGUAUGCCAGAGAAUGGAUCUAGUUUCUGCGACUGGAUGAAGGCUAAACACAAUAAGGUGUAUCAAUGUCAUAGUACGUGGGCGGUAAAAUCAAUGCGCCCCACUCCCGACAAGGAUGCUUUCCUUCCAUGGAUUACACAAAUGUGGAAUAAUAAAACCCCUCAGCAGACGUCUUUGCUCUCCACCACUUCAAAUAUUUCGGGGCGUUCUGUUAUCUGUGGUGAAUGCAGCCUAUGCGAAGUGUCCCUGCAACUCCCUAUGUGUCCAUUACCUUCGACUGGAGCGCUAAGAAGCUCUCUUUUAGCCACCUCUCGGUUGUUUCCAGAGAGAAUGACUGAUCCUGUUGCGCUUCCAGAAAAAGAAGAGGACAAGCACCACCAUUACCACCUAGGAUCGGCACUUGGCAGACUUGAAUCGAAGGAUGAAAAUGAUGGGUACAGCUGUCCGUGUAAUGCGGCCAUGACGGUCAGGGCCUGUGGGGCCCUAACGCUUAAUCGUUGUAGUCUUUUUUGCUUACCUACUCCUCCUUUCAUAUCCUCGGCGUCAGGCUUAGUGCAGUUUGACUACCACGUGGUGUGUUGUAGCGGUGCGAGAGCGCGUCUGCAUCUGUGCGGUGCUUAUAUAAAGCUACAUUCGCCACAAAAGGGGGCACCGGGGUGCAUAGCGAAAUUGACACGGCAACAAUCCCCCUCCCUUUCAGUAGGACCUUCUUACUAUUCGUGUAACAAGAUGAUUAUCCACGCAGCAAAUAAAGCUACUGUUGUACUUUGUUGUGUGACGAACGAAGGAUUGCAUUCACCCCUAGAGCCCUGCGCUGGAGUUUGUAAAGACGGGCUUAUGGAGGCAUCAUGUUGCCAAACAGACCCCUUGAUGAUACCAAGGAAUUUGACAACUGUGCAGCAUGAAUCUAGCAGUGAAGGGGGACACACUAACAUCGAUACUGACGGGACAUGUGCAGAUUUUCACAGCAAGAUAACCCACACCGGGGCUUCAUCUAUGCUAUCCCGUGGAUUGAUUCGUAUCAGCGUCCAUGCUUGUGGGCAAUCUAACGUCUAUAUUUAUAGAACAUUUUUGCACCACCUUCUCGCGGGACACAAUUCGAAUCUUACGGUUAUCCAAAGUGCUAUUGUUGGCCCGGGAUCAGUUACCGACAUCCAAUCUGGUGCGGUGCUGCAAACACAGCAAAGCCUAUUACUAGCUUCGCUUGCGGAAGUGUAA